UGUAAACACAUAAUAAUCACUUUCAUAAAUCUUGACUAUAAGUAAUUAGGAAGAUUUUUAUGGCAUUGGCCAUCUUUAUUUUGAAUGUGUAUGUAGCUUCAGGUACUUGUCUGAUAAAAAGAGAACAUUUUUGCAUAUGAGAGUGAAGGUAAUACAAGGUGUCAUUUUAUCUUUAUCGUUGUCAAAAUUUUCCUAUACCACUUGGUGGGGCUAUUUUUCCACGUGGUCUUUGUUAAUCUGGAGAAGACUUUCCCUGAUUCUUCCAGUGUGUCCAUUUUCUUUGAUUAGGAAAAGACAGAUUUCUCCUGUUAACUAGAUUAAUGGCUCUACUAUAGAUCCCAUCACUAAGGAACUUUCUUUGAUACUAAGCACUGGAAAACAGACACAUUCAAAACUCAUAAACUGCUUCAGUCCUUACACAUAAGCCCAAUUUAUCUGUGGAAAAUGGAAUCCCAUUGAAUUUGCAAAAGCUUCAGACUGCAGUUUUCUAAAUAGUCUCUGAGCGCCGCUGUUGACCAAUUCUCUGCAAGAGCUGGCUCCCCGGAGUUUAUCUGCGCAGUCACAAAGCAAGGCUGGGAGGAGAGUGUACCAGACUUGGGUUUUCUGCUUGGCAAAUCUAACUCCAUAGAGUUUGGGGGUACCCAAAAACUAGGAUCAUUGGAUUUUCAAAGCCAUUUGUGAAGAAUCUUCUGUUAGCAUCGCAAGCUGCAACAACACUCAAGAAGGAUGGAAUACAGAGGGAAGCAAAGACGCUGGAGGCGGCAAGUACUCUUUCCCUUCCUUCUGCCUUUGUUCAGCGAGGCGCUCGCUGAGCAGAUCCGCUAUUCUAUUCCGGAAGAAAUGGCCAGGGGCUCAGUAGUAGGGAACCUUGUUGAGGACCUGAGGUUGCCUAUUGGGAAUUUACUUGCCCGAAACCUCAGAGUUAGUGCAGAGAAACAAUACUUUACCGUGAACACUGAGAAUGGGAACAUCCUUGUGAGUGACAGAAUAGAUCGGGAGUUUCUCUGUCCUCUGAGCUCUCUGUGUGUAAUACCAUUAGAGAUUGUAGCAGAAAAUCCUCUAAAUGUUUUUCACAUAAAUGUGCUAAUAGAAGAUAUAAAUGACAAUCCACCUCAUUUCCCCGAAAAUACCAUUGUUUUACAAAUCAAUGAAUUUGCACUUCCAGGCACUAGAUUUGGCCUGGAAUCUGCUAUCGAUGCAGAUGUAGGGCCUCAUUCUCUUCAGAGUUACCAGCUCAGCCCUAAUGAACAUUUCUCUCUCAUGGUGAAGGACAAGACUGAAGACAAGAAUGUCCCAGAAUUAGUGUUGGAGAAGUCCCUGGACCGGGAACAACAGAGUUCCCAUCUCUUGUUCCUGACUGCAGUGGAUGGGGGAGACCCUGUCCUAACUGGGACUGCUCAGAUUAAGAUCAAGGUCACUGACGCCAAUGAUAAUCCCCCGGUGUUCACUCAGAAUGUGUACAAAGUCAGCCUCAGAGAGAACGUGCCCCCAGGCACCUCCAUGCUACAGGUGACAGCUAUUGAUCAGGACGAGGGUGCCAAUGCAGAGAUCACCUACUCCUUCAAGUCCCUAAGAGAUGGUAUUGGAAAUAAGUUUAUACUAGACCACAAAAAUGGAGAAAUUAAAUCCAAAGAUCCUAUAGACUUCGAAAUCAAUAGAAGUUAUACCAUGAGCAUAGAAGCAAAGGAUGGUGGAGGCAUGGCCACUGAAUGUAAAAUUAUCCUAGAAAUUCUAGAUGAGAACGACAAUGUCCCCGAAGUGAUUUUUACUUCAGUGUCCAGUUCCAUAACCGAGGAUGCAGAACCCGGAACGGUGAUCGCUCUGUUCAAAUCAUACGAUAAAGAUUCUGGGGAAAAUGGAGAGAUCACAUGUCUCAUAAAAGAAAAAGUUCCAUUUAGAAUCGAAACCUCUGCCCAUAAUUACUACAAGCUUGUAACAGAUGGGCCCUUGGACCGAGAGAAGACCGCAGAGUACAACGUCACUGUCACCGCUACUGACAAGGGCAAGCCUCCCCUGUCCUCCAGCGCCAGCGUCACCCUACACAUUGGUGAUGUCAAUGACAACGCUCCAGUUUUCCACCACGCCUCCUACUUGGUCCACGUGGCUGAGAACAACUCUCCCGGAGUUUCCAUCGCUCAGGUCAGUGCCUGGGACCCAGAUCUGGGACCCAACGGCCAGGUUUCCUACUCCAUCGUGGCCAGUGACCUGGAGCCUAGGACGCUGCUGUCCUACGUGUCCGUGAGCGCACAGAGCGGAGUGGUGUUCGCGCAGCGCGCCUUCGACCACGAACAGCUGCGCGCCUUCGA